AUGACCAAUCGCGCUUCAGCUGUGGCUAUCAAUCAUUCUGCGCCCUUGGCGCCAGUCGCGAUAAUGAUCGAAGGUGUCCCGAUGCCGCCCACCACCAUCACCACCACCACAGCUCCCACGAGUGCGACGACCGCGACCACCACCAGCACUACCACCGCCACCACAACACCCACGGCCACGACCACACCUCCCAAUGCGGGAGUAUCCAAGACCGAAGAGACUCCUGGCCCGUCACGGUCGACGUCGUUGGGAGCAGACGCCGCAAUCUACGAGGCCGCCGAGCACCAUCGGCCGUCCACUGCGGGGCGGAAGCGGAAGUUGAAUAGCACCUCAUCUCGAGGAGUGGCGAACCUCACUCCGGAUCAAUUGGCGAAGAAGCGGGCCAACGACCGUCAGGCCCAGCGGGCCAUUCGGGAACGCACCAAAUCACACAUUGAGACUCUCGAGCAGCAGGUGCGCGAUCUGGCAUCGCAGAAACCAGUGCUGGACCUACAGGCGGCACUGCAGCAGAAUGAGCGCAUUCGUUCGGAGAACCGUGAGCUUCGUCAAGGACUGAGGGCCGUCAUGGAUAUCGUGCAGCCCUUGUUGGCCAGACAGGAAGCUUCAGACCUCCCGUCCUUUGUAGCUCAACGUCGAACCGUGCCCGAACAAUCCCAUUCUCCCCUCUUCCCCGACACAGACCAGGUCGGUACGGGUACCAACAGCCAGUCCGCACCCUUGAAUGACCGAGCGUAUGCGGACUCAGUGGCCAGUUUCGAUACUCCAUCCCCCACGCAAACCGGAUCCGCGAUGGGCAGUCGGCGGAACAGUCACCAUGCGACCUCUCAACCUCCAUCAUUCCGAGCUGCCUUGGAUACCCAGCGCCAUAACCUCGUUCAUGGAUUGGAGUUGGGCAUGGAGGAACGUCUCGGAUUCAGCUUCCUUCUGGACCCUUCUCAAAAUGUCCCCAAGGUAGACGGGCUGCGACGUACCACCUCUGAAAACUUCCGCUCCUCUCAACCCUCCCCCACGCCGCCCUACAUGCAGCCCUUGAACUACGGCGCCAAUCCAGCGCCGGCCUACGCGACGCCGAUUCGGAAUUCGGGCCCCACAUGCACAUUGGAUAGCAUCUUGCUUGACUUUUUACACAACCGACAACGCGAGGCUGCCGAGGGGAUUCCCGGGCAGAAGCUUGUUGGACCACCUUACCCAAGUGUCUCCUCGCUCUUGAACCCGGAGAAGAGUGCGCAAUCCCAUCCUCUGUCCAAGGUCUUCACGGACAUUCUUCGUACUUUUCCAGAUAUCAAUUCCCUCCCCGUUCAGGUCGCGGUGCUCUACAAUAUGUUCCUCCUUAUGCGCUGGCAAAUCUAUCCCACACAAGAGAAUUACGAUCGUCUUCCCGAGUGGCUCACACCCCGUCCCACACAGCUCCUCCAGCCGCAUCCUCCCUGGAUGGACUACAUCCCCUGGCCACGAAUGCGAGACCGACUGGUCACCUCCCCGCAGGACUAUCCUUUUGACAAUUGGUUCAUUCCAUUCACGCGAGGCAUGGACCUGAAUUGGCCCUACGAAGCAACCGAUUGUCUGCUGUCUGCCGUGGAUUCUGAUGAUCUGAUCAUCAACCCGGUCUUUGAACGUCACAUGCGGAAUCUGAACAACUGGUCUCUCGGCCCACUUUUCGCAGAGGCGUACCCGGGACUCGUGGAUACCGCGCGUAUUCGACCGGAGCCUGGCAAGUCCAAUAAUUCCAACCCAGUGUAA